AUGAAGUUCGGGAAGCGGAUUCGCGCCGAGGCGACAGAGCAAUGGGCAGAUCACUACCUGGACUACAAGGAUCUGAAGCACAAGCUCAAGGCCCUGGUGGAGGACGGAGCACCUGCAGCGUCGGAGGAGAAGUUCAGGAGCGCGAUCCUUGCGGAGAUCGACAAGGUUGACAGGUUCUUCCUGAACCAGGAAACGGAGCUGUACACAGAGUUUCGUUCACUGUGCCAAGAAGCUUCGACCGUCAAGGUCGAUCACUCGCCUGAGCGUGCAGCAGCUUCGAAAUGUAAAGCUGGACACUUGCGGUUGGAUGCCCUGGUUUCAUCACUGGAAGGAACGUCGGCAGGAAAGAUGAUUCAGUCUCUUCUUCAGUUUUCAGCUAAGGUCGACAGCCUCCGCAAGUUCGUCAUGCUCAACAGCCUGGCCGUCAUCAAGAUCACCAAGAAACACGACAAGCAGUCAGCCGUGCAGCUGCGGUGGGAGAUGAUUCAGCAUGUUCACCGGCGGCACUUUUACAGCUCCAGGAGGUUUGGCUCCCUCAUCACCGACGUCGAGGUCCUCGCGUCGGAGGUCAUGCAUAGGGUCACCCUCUUCAAGCCCCUCCCCGAGAGCUACUCCUGCCCCAUCUGCCUUGGCCUCCUCUGUAACCCGCAAGUCUCCAGCUGCGUGCGGGGCCUCCAAGAGGACCACGUGGAGAUGGAGGAGGUGGGCAUGGAAGUCCGUCCAAGGCUCAAGAGGAGGAGCGUCGGGCAGGGAGGCAAGCAGGCGCUAGGAGGAAGACCGCAGACAGAGUCGGAGCUACAGGCACCUCCCAUCCUCCUCAACGCUGCUCUCCUUCGUUCUCACUUCAACCUCCCGCUCAACGAUGCGGCUCGUCGCCUCGGUAGGAAGAGGAGGGGGGAGGGGGGAAGGCACAGCGGUGGAGGAGAAGGACAGAGCGACAUGAGAAAGGAAGAGAACAAAGAGGAGGAGGAGGAGGACGAGGACGAGGAGGAGGAGGAGGCUGAUAAUUGGACCAGGAAGUUGAAAGCCGUUGAGAAGCGACUCGCUCUCCUCCAGGCGGAGCACAAGUACGUGAGCGAGGAGACGUUGUUCGCCAAGUACCAGGCGGAGAUCAAGGAGCUGGAGGAGAAGCGCGACAAGCUUCUGCAGGGCCUCGACUGCGACGUUGCUGACGUGGCGGAUGCGGAGGACGCCAAGAAGUCGGUGACUCCAUCCCGCAAAGUCAAGGUGGAGCCCAGCACGGGCCUGCGCUCUCCCACCUCCUCCAGCAGGACGUACCCGCUCUCCCCAGCUCGGGAGACGCUGGACGAGGAUGACGAGGAGGAGGAGGAAGAGGAGGACCUUGGGGAGAUGCCUGCGGCAGUGGAGCAGGAGGGGAUCGCCGGAGGAGGUGACGGGGCGGAGCAGGACGUAUGGGAGAUGCUGCACAGGAUGGUGUCGGAGGAAGGGGAGGACACCCUAGGCCUCAACGAGCAGGCCAAGGCUCAUCCAGCUCCUACUCCAGCUCCUCUUCCUGCCUCUGCUGCUGCUCAGGAUGUCACUUGCUCGCUCCCUCCAAGCUCCUCGGGGCCAGCUCCAGGCACCACCGACGUAGUUGACGAGUACCGAGACCUCCGAGCCCAGCUGGUCGCCCUGCAGGAGGAGAUUCUGCACCUGCGGCAAUUCAGCAUGGCGCUGCUCAAGGAGAGGGGAGACAUUGCUUCCCAGCUCCAGGGACGCGAGGAGGAGAUCAGAGACCUCCAGCAGCGGUGCCACUCUCUAGAGUCCCAGCUCAUCCUGGCGAGGACGAGCGAUCAUGGGAGCGAGGAGCUGCUGACCCCUUCGACGCUCUCCCUCCCUCCUGCCUCCUCCUUCUCCAGUCUCCUCAGCGAUAAGCUGAUGCAGGGGAGGGCCGGUGUGCGGCAAGGCGAAGACUUGUAA